AUGGUCUCUUUGACUGCAACAUCAGAAAGCAUGGCAUACAUACUAAAGACACUCAACAGCUGGUUCUGGUGGGAGAAUAUCUGGAUGCCCAUCAACUGCACCUGGGCAGAUUUUGUAGACCGUGAUGGACUGGUCUUUCCCAAACCACAUCAGCUGUAUGCCACAAUCCCAUAUGCUUUUGUAUUGCUGAUCAUCCGAUUCUUCAGUGAAAGAUAUGUUGCUAUACCUCUAGCAAAAGCCUUGGGUAUAAAGAAUGUAAGACGUGUGAAGCCACAGCCUAAUCCUGUGUUAGAGAGUUAUUUCCGGGAGUGCUCAAGACAUCCAUCCCAAUCAGAUAUCAAAGGCCUUGCCAAAAAGUGCAACUGCACUGUCCAUUUGGUGGAGAAAUGGUUCAGGAGACGGCGAAACCUCGAGAUCCCAACAGUGCUCCAGAAAUUCAAGGAAGCUUUCUGGCGAUUUUCAUUCUAUCUGACAUCCUCCAUUGUUGGAUUUAUAUUUCUGUAUGAUAAACCCUGGUUUUACGACAUCUGGCAGACGUGGGUUGGUUAUCCUUUUCAGACCUUGCUGCCGUCCCAGUACUGGUACUACAUGGCCGAGAUUGGGUUUUACUGGUCCCUCAUAUUUACCCUUGGGAUUGAUAUCAGACGGAAGGAUUUUAUGGCUCACGUCGUUCAUCACCUGGCAGCCAUCGGGUUGAUGAGUGGCUCUUGGUGUGGCAAUUACGUGCGGCUUGGAACUCUGGUGAUCUUCGUGCACGACACUGCAGAUUUCUGGCUCGAGGCAGCCAAAAUGUUUAAUUAUGCUCGCUGGGAGAAAACCUGCAACAUGCUGUUUAUCAUCUUUGCUAUCGCAUUCUUCAUCACCAGGAUGAUCCUGUUGCCCUUCUGGAUUCUUCGUGCCACACUCUAUCAGCCUACCUACUACUCCACAACUCCUGUCAUAGCAUAUUUUUUAUUCAAUGGGAUGUUAUUAACACUCCAAGGCUUGCAUUUAUAUUGGGGUUACUUAAUUUUCAAGAUUUUGAAAAGAUUCGUUUUCUUAAAGGACUUGAAAGAUGAUCGGAGUGAUGAAGAGGAGGAAGAUUCUGUUACAGACACUGAAGAGGAGUCCACAAAGAGUGGCAGCAAGAACAGCAGUGGGUCAAGCAAACACCUGCUAAACAGCAGCCACCACUAGCCCUGUCCUGCCUCACAUCCUGCAGUGGUUCCUGCUCGGGUUUUAGCCCAGCCUACAGGACAGGAUUUAAAUCAAAAGGCUUGUGAAAGACUGUGAUUGAUUUAUUGUUGGCUACUGGACCUGGAAAAAAGCCCAGUUUAGAGGGGAGGGAGAAAUUGCAUAACAUGACACAAUGUGUUAAUGACCCACUUUCGGAAUCAUUGCGGAGUGUGUGGAAAGAUGUUUGGACACGCUGACUGACAGUGCUCCACAAGGGCAAAGCUCAAGAGAGUCAAGUAAUUUAGUGUUCCGUUGAUUCUAAUGUUGUUUUUCAAUCUGAUAUAAGAUAUAUUUCAUCAAACAAUUUAAAUCACAGAUGUUUUGUGGUAGGUAGGUAGUGUGAACUCUAUUAGGAACCAGAAUUACUCAAGGUGGGAAAAAUUUGACAGUUCUGUACAGUGACUGGCAUUUUAUCUUUAUUUUUCAGUUUAAACCCUCAUCAAAAUGGGUAUUUUUCUGAGUUAUAUUUCAUUUCCUGGAGGCCAGAGGAAGCGAACAUGGAGAAAUUCAAAUUACUUGUCUGUGAAGGGUUGGCCAAGUCUUAUAUUAUUAUAAUAAUACAGUCUUUCUCUGAAGCAAUAGAUAGAUGAAAUAUUGUGUCAAGGAAGUCACUGUUAAAACAGCAAAACUCAGCCCAAAUUCUCAGCUGCACUCUAGGCUUCUCAAAAGUCAUUCAGUCAUUUUGGCCCAGUGUUAGAACAGAAGGUGCAGAGGGGAGAGAAGAGGGGAAAUGGAAAUUGGGUCUUUUCACAGAUUCUUGUGCACUUAACUGUCUUCAAACCUGCCAAACACCCUCUGCUCCUCGGUCAUCUUCAAUCAGAAAGUUAAAACUGAAUCUCAUCCAUUCUCUUCUCAUGAUCUUGUCUCAGCUUUGGAUACUGCCUUCUCUGGAGUGAGGCCACCAAGUUCUGUUUUGUGUUCUGGAGUGUUCACUGCAGGUGCCUGGGCACUGGGGAGCACGGGACUGGCACAGGAUCUCACUCUGCCACUGCUGUGGAUUCAUUUGAUGCCAGGAUCUGUAUUGCCAUCUCUGCUCUUUUGUAAAUGGGGAACCACAUCAGCUAGACCCAAACCUGGAUGUAUGUGACUUCAACAUGCAACUAGUGAACAACAGCUGCCCUUACCUAAAGUGCCUCUAUGCUAAAUUUGCACUUCUGUUAACACAAGUGGGGCUGCAGCAGCAUUUUCAGUCCUGGGGCUCUCCAUGGAGAGCCAAGGCCUUGUAAACAGGGUGGUGCCAGUCCCAUUUCCCUCUGCAUUAGCUCACAGGGUCAUAAAGGAUUUGUGUCAUAAGUUUGGGAGGCGAGAGGCUGUGCAUGUGGUUCUACAGUAGCUGAGAUCAUCUGGGGAGCUAAAUCCAGUAGCUUGAUAGAGGCCAGGGGAGCACUCCUAGAGCAGCCCCAGUGCAGAGCGUCCAGUUCAGAAUGGCUCCGUUCCCCUCUGGCUGCUCCAGCGGGAACUGGGGACCUGCAGGAAGCUUUACAGGACUGACUUGUUUUCCUAAGAUUUCCUUGGCAAGUGGGAUGUAAUUCAGUGACUGCAGCAUUGAAAGAAUGGGAAAUGUUUGCGAUCUCAGAUAUGAAGAAGUGGGUUUUGUGCAGUUACAAGAAGCUGUAAGAGGCCUUUGUUACAGAGGCUUUUUUUACAGUGUCUAAUUUUUUACUUGUAUUUUGCAUCAUUUUGGACCCAAAUGUGCAUGAGGAAGGAACAUGGCCUACAGCUUCUGAGAAGGAAGGGAGAUGUGUGGUGGUGGAAAAGGACCCCUGUUCCAGUGCUUGCAGUUGAGUGAUGCCACUUGGGCUGAGUGGGCAGAACCUCCUCAGCAGCCUUUGGCCACCACUGCCCUUCCUGCACAGAUGAGAAGAACACCUUAAAUACUGCAGGGGGGCAAUAUGGGGAGUGUAAGCCCUGAUGGCAACGUGUAAUGCAACUGGAGAGUUUGGCAGGGGCACAGUUCUUAUCUGUGGCAUGGGGCCAUUUAUUGCCUGCAUGAAAAACACUUUCCUAACAAAACGUGGAAAUCCGGCGUCUUGGAGGAUUUACACUGCCUUGGGAGAGACAACGGUGCUUUCUUCAAGAUGUAACAGGGGUUUGGGAGGUGGCCAGGGUAUUAUCAUUUGAUUUUGUGCCAGAAGCUUUCCUCCUAUGACUAGGAAAGGAAUUUAGGAAAGGAAACACAAAGAAUGAUGUUGUCACAGGAAUGAGCCUCUGAACAACUACUGAUUUUUAAAUUGGAAUUUAUAGUCUCCUUGAGGCCAAAACUUGCCUUUCCUACCCAGGACAAGUCUCCCACUGAAGCCAAUUAACUCUGUUGGAGUCUUGCCUAGGAAAAAUUUUGGAUUGCAGUUAUCCAACCUAAUUGCAAGAACUGUUGUUCUAAGUUGAUGUGAAACUGAGAUCAUAAAAAAAGAACAAAAGGUAGAUAAAUACAGUCAAAUAUAAAACUUUGAGGCAAAUUUUGGCUGAGUACAGAAGAAUAUGGAAGAAAGUAACAUCCUGAAGGUGAAGAUUAAUUCUAGGCACAGUAAACAACCAAAUAACAUUGCAGUGGGAGGGGGUGGAAGGCAGGCAGGCCAUGGAGAGCCCUUUCCAGGGAUUACUGUCAUGGGCUGUUAGAGUGUCCUCUGUUAACAUCAGAUUGGUCAUUCCUGGAGUUAUGUGCAUUUAUUUUCCCCUUUUUUUACUGAUGGUCAGAAACAAGAAGCUGAGGUCAUGGGGCACAAUUUCUGCUAAAGAAAUUUAUGUCAUGGUGCUUCAAAAUUUUCAGCCUAUUCAAUGCAGUGCAAUGCAGAUUCAACAUUUUUAUAAUCUUGUUGUGCAAAGAGCCUAAAAAUGCAGGUGCAGAACAACUGUAGGUGUGUAUGGGAGCAAAGAUAGACUCUAACUUUUUCUUUUUACCAUUUCACAAAGUGUGUCCUGGUUCAAUGAGUUGAUACUGUGCAUCUGGCUUUGCUGUGUCAUUUUGACUGUGCCAAACUAUUUCUGAUAGAGCUAUAGACUGAAAAUCAAAUCUUAGUCCAUAAGACUCAGAGGAAACUCUUCUGUCUAAUUUCUCUGGAUUUAGUUCAGAUAUUCCUAUCCAUGUGUACUCUGCUUCCUCCAUUCCUGUGUCAUGCUUAGAUUUACCAGCCUGCUCUGGUUUGGGUUUACAGAUCUCCUUUACUCCACAGAACUCACUUUGUCAAUUCAUGUUAUUUGGUAUAAUUGUCUUUAUUUGUUUUUAACACCACUUGACUUUGGUCAGUUGAAAUACACACUACAAAUAAAUAUUUUUUA